AUGGAGCGGGCUCAAUUCGGUAGAACGUCAAAUGUCAUGAAUAACGAAGUCUCUUAUGGAAAUAUGGGGAGGUUAAGUGGGGCAACAAUUGAAGAGGAUGAAAUAAGCAAUGACUCGGGAGGUGAAGAACAAUAUAGUGCACCAGUUGAUAGCAUGCAAUUUGUUACCCAAGAUGUCGAAGAUAAUCCGGAAUGGCCUGAUGAGGCUUACGUUAAUAAUGACUACGUUGAGUAUGAAGAACCACCCCCCGACGAGUUUGAAGAUGAUGAGUGGAUUCGUUCUUCCACAGUAAAAGAUAUGUGCAUCGGUGAAAGUUCAACUCGUAGAGGAGAUGAUGACGCCCCCUUUAAAGUUGGUGAUUUAUUCGAGACUAAAGACCAAUUGGUUGAUGCUAUUCGUGAAUACUCUUUCGAAAAGAAUUUCAAGUUCAAGCAAGUUAAAAGCAAUCGCACAAGUUAUGAUGCAAUAUGUUUUAUGAACACACAAAGAACAGGUCUGACCGAGGGAAAUGAAGCUGAUUACUCAUGUCCUUGGAAGUUAUAUGCAUUUGCAGGAAAGAAACACAAUUUUCAAUUUAGGAUCAGUGAAUACUGCGGUGUUCACACAUGUGUCAAUCCAAUAUUAGAGCAAGAUCACAGUGGUGCAUCUGCCUCUUACAUAGCGCGGUUGAUUAUGCCAAAAUUAAGGAAGAAGCUUGAUCUAACGCCCGAUAAUAUAAUUGAGAAAGUGCUUGAUACCAAGUUCAUUAAAAUCUCGUAUAUUAAAGCAUGGAAUGCAAGAAGAAUUGCGAUGACAAAAAUAUUUGGUGAUUGGGACAAGUCUUACGCGACACUACCUCAAUACCUUGAUGCGAUCAAAAGAAGUAAUCCUGGAUCUGAAUACAAACUCAUAACCAAAGAGAUCGAUCCGGGAGUUCAUCAAUUCACCUCUGUUUUUUGGGUAUUUGGGCCUUCGAUUGAGGGGUUUAAAUUUUGUCAGCCUAUUCUUAGCAUUGAUGGCACACACUUAUACGGUAAAUACAAGGGUGUACGGCUUGUUGCUACAGGAGUUGUUGCAGAUGGUGGCUUAUUUCCUUUGGCCUUCGCCGUUGUGGAGGUCGAGAACAGUGAAAAUUAG